CCUUGGCGAUCCGCUUCCAUGCGUCAACAGUACGACCAGGCGGAGAACACACCACGGAAGGAAAUGUCGGACAUGUGUGUGUGUGGGCCAAAGACGAGCAUGCACCCGCAGGCUGUGGGUCUUCUCGUGUACGAGUGUUCCUUCGUUCUGAGCACCUGCUAGGCUCCUGAUGCAACACGAGGCCUGCUUAGGUGUGGGGAAGUGAGUCCUUUCUUCCUUCUCUUCUUCCCGGCCUCGCCCGUGCUGCAGUGUGUGAGCGUGUGGCGGUGUGUUCGUCUUGCAAACAGGCGCGGGGCGCGCCAGGGCCGUCAGGAACAGGUGUGGGACGCAGCGAAUAUGCCCCUGCCUGGUGGCCUGUGGCUGCACAAAUGUCUUGCAAGGCUCAGAGACGCUUCCUAAAAAUUGUGAUGGUUUGACAGAGGCUCCCAAACCUCAAGCCAAAGAAGUGUUUCGCGGUGGCGGUUGAACGAUCACUCCCGCGUUGGAACAAGAAGUCCAGAUCCGAUGACUUUGGUUAGCGAGUGUAUUUCAGGUCGAGCAGUUUCCUCUACCGAAUGGGCAUGGAUGAAUGCACGCAUACGAUUUGUUGGAGGCCUACUCUAGCGUGAGGCGAGUACCUAGGGAGGACGUGGUGGUAUCGAGUCCCAAGCCCAUCUUUCUCCCUCAGCUUCUAUUUGCUUUCCGCCAGUGAGUCUCUCUCUCUCGCUACCGGCUCAAGAAGUCAAAUCUUCAAGGAGCAAGCAGUGCAAGCACAGCACGACCGCUGUUCACCACCAUACGGCCAGUCUGUGUAGAGUGUGUAGGGUAUGUGCGUUGAAGGUGCCAAACACUGAAGGAUCGCGACCGGGACCACACACCGCAGACUCCGCUUGUCUGCUAAUUUUGCCAGUCGAACAGCACUGCAGUGCAGCACUGCAGCAGUGCUGCACUGCUGCAUGCACAGCUGAACAAUCUCAGCAUCACCCGGCAGGCACGCACACACGCACACGCACACACACACACACACACACACACACACACACACACACACACACACACACACACACACACACACACAUACACACGUACGCGCGCGCACACACGCACACACGCACGAACGCACACACAUACACACUCACGCAGCCGUCGACUUGCCUCUUUCAGUACCCGUGAUCAUGUCACCCGACUCGCCCACUGCAACCACCUGCCGCCGGCAGUCAUACCGGUGGCAACAGCUGGCUAGACAGUUGACGGUGGUGUAUGUACUGAUGCUCAUCAGCUAUCUGCACACUGCCAGCGCUAGAACACCAGGUGGUGGGAGUGCUUUAGCGACCAGCCUUGCCACAAGCAGCACUGCAGCUCAGCACACCGCAGCAGGCACCCUCGUCACCACGCACGCACCGACAACGAGGCAUCCCAGUCCCACUACCCAGGCCAGCAGUACAAGCACUCGGACCUGGGGUACAAGCACCGGGACCUGGGGUACAAGCACCCGGACCUGGGGUACAAGCACCCCGGGCGUGGGUAUGAGUACCCAGGGAAGCAGCCCAAGUAACCGGGGCGGAAGUUCAAACAAAAACAGCAGCAGUGCUGACAGCAGUGUCAGUGAAACGUUCACCCAGCACCUGGCCACAAGCAGCAUGCGCCAUGUACCCAGCAACCAGACAGUGACCAGCACCGCAGACACUCCAGCAGGCAGCACUGGUGACGCUGGCAACAGUGCCAGCCCGAACGUGACCUGCACGUCGGACAUGUGUCUCAACAAGUUGACGUACAUUGUCGGUGCAGUGUCCUUGGCGGUUGGGUUGCUAGCAAUGGCGAUGUUCUGCUCUUGCAAGGCUAAUCUGAACAAGCGGCGACAGCACAAGCUCCUCACCAACACCACCAACACCACCGUCCGCAAGCAGCCACUUCUCGACGUGGAGCUGCAGAGCUUGUCGAAACGGCUUGACCAGGAUACAGGGCAGUCGUGUGCCGAGAGUGACAACAACAUGGCAGAAAGCACGCUGGUAAAUCGCGGCGCACAGGAUGCGAUUGUGUACGAGACGUUGGCAGCAGACAGUUGUCGGCCUGGCGCCAGGAAGGCAAGCAAAACAGGUGAUACGAACACUGAUAACAAGCUCUCAUCGUCCAGCUUCGUUCUGUCCAGCAACGGUGAUCGCAGGUCGGGCAGCACGCUCGGCGAGGAUCGUUACGUCGAAAUGCAACCGCUGCCGCACCCUCACACCCUGCCCAAGAAGAACAAGGUGAGCACGGAGAAGCCGCCGAAACUUCUGCAUUUAGCGGUGGCAGCCGGUGAGCCCGACACUUCUCUGCCACCCCCGGACACUAACCUGAUGUUGCCGCCGCCUCCGCCACCCCCGCCACCCCCGCCCCCGCUACAACCACCACCACCAGAGCAAAUCUAUAUGAACGUGACUGGGUCCUGCUGAAUGAACCAGCUGAGUGGGCCAGCUCAGGAGUUACGAGUUUUAGCGCUGGUAGCAGGUCUCAGCUCGUAUCAUCUUAUGCAAUCUCUAGAUGCUCUCAUAACUUCUGGCGGUGUCUCCAGACUCUCUCUCUCUCUCUCUCUCUCCCUCUCUCUCUCUCUCUCUCUCUCUCUCUCUCUCUCUCUCUCUCUCUCUCUCUCUCUCUCUCUCUCUCUCUCUCUCUCUCUCUCUCUCUCUCUCUCUCUCUAUCUCUAUCUCUCUCUCUAUCUAUCUAUCUCUCUCUCUCUCUCUCUCUCUCUCUCUCUCUCUCUCUCUCUCUCUCUCUCUCUCUCUCGUGACUUCUUUUUGGUGUCUCAUCACUCUUUCAUUGCAACAUAUGGCAUCUCAUCUCCGCACUGCCGCAUGCAUGACCCUCUUCUCCUCCCAUCCUCCCGGCUUCCUGCUCCUCCCCGAGGCCCCUGCUCAGUUUAGCAUGCAUGAGAUCCUGGAUGUAAUGAUAAUAUGCUUAUGUGUUAGUUGGCACGUAUCCACGCAAACACAAGCGAUUAUUUUGUUUAUCUCGGAUGGUGAACCAAUUAGAUUGUGGUGAAAAAGGAGUCUGUCCAAUAGUCUUACUAGUUUCGUCAUCAUCCAAUAGUCUUACUAGUUUCGUCAUCAUCCAGUAACUUUCGGCAUUCUUUUUUUUGCCAAGAUGCGUAGCUCGUGCUCUUCUUCAUUACGCUUUCCUUCCCCUCUUGAACCUUUCCGAACCUGAGCCUUCCAAGUUGGAAGGUUGUUGGUUUGCGCCUUGGAGAAGUGUUAGAGCUAGGUGUCAGGUCACCGAAUGUCUCAGCACUCCUUUGUCAGUUUUUGUGCCAUUUUGUCGCACUCGAAGAUCUGGUUACGUUGGUGGACAGUUAGUCAUAACUCGUAACAUUUCAAGUUGUCCUCCUUUUUCACCAUGAUUAUUUUGUUGUUGAAGACUGCUUGAAUCUCAGCGGCACA